AUGGCAAGGUUCAAACUUCACGCGAAGCCCAAGAUCCCAGAACGGAGACUUGAGCCAGGCACCUUGGAGCUUCGCACCAUCGACGAAGCCUUGCACGGCGACGUGUCGAAGCCCCUUCCACGGCCGGUACUGUUCCCAGAAGAGUACCAGAACUUCAAGCAGGGAAUCUUGACUAUACUUCUCGGGGGAACGCGGGAAAGGAUGAGCAAGCAAACGGCUUGGGCGUACAGGAUCUUCACGUCUGGUCGUGAUUGA